AUGAUUCGCAUCAAACGCUUAACCAGCCAGCAGCUUCUACUCGCCCAGGACCAGGAGGAGCUGCCUCCCGGAGGCCUUCACUCAGAGGUUCCCCCUAGACACCUUGCAGACCUCUGCGUCUCCAAUUACUUCCAGAGCAUCGAAAGGCUCUAUCCUCUUUUCGACGGCCCCAAGUUCUGGGUUGAGUAUGAGAGCUUCUGGAAAGCACCCACUCAGGCAAGGCUCGUUUUCGUCAUAAUCCUGCUUUUGGUUAUCUGCGCAGGUAAUGGUACUAUGCCGAACGACGAGAGACCCAUAGCCCGCCCCAGGAUUGUUAGAUGGUGGCGUCUGGGCUUGACCUGGCAAAGUGCAGCAACCGAGACCAAUGAACGCUUGACAAGCACCAUGCAAGCUAGUUUUCUCGUUGUUCUCCUCCGCCAGAUAUACUCUCUUAGCGAAACCGCCGAAUGGGUGUCAUCUGGCUCGCUCGUCAAGAACGCUCUGGCUAUGGGUCUCCAUCGAGAUCCAACUAAGCUUUACGGCAUCCCACCUGAUGAGCACGAACUCCGUCGACGACUGUUUUAUACUGUACUCGAGUUGGAUUUGCAGUUUUGCCUCAACGCUGGCAUGCAACCUACCCUAAGAAUCGGUGAUUGGGAUACUGCUUUACCCGAAGUCGUUAGGGAGACACGGACCUGUUGCCCGGCGAGCUCAGGACAGCCUCAUCCAUCCGAUGCUGUCUCUAUCCAAGAUCGCAUGCUAAGCUCAUUCAAUACCCGCAUGGAGAUUGCAUGCUCAGUCAAUGCAAUCAUCCCCGAAGACAACUACGAUAAAGUCCUGGAACUCAGCAACCAACUCUCCAAGUCCUUCAACGGCCUUGAGAAGGAACCACGCGAUUGCCAGACCGAAGCACUCAAGUUCAUUCACAACCGCUACCUCCUCACGCUCCAUAUCCCUUUCGCCAUUCGUGAUGACCCCAAGUUUUCCUACUCCCAAAAUGUUUCCCUCACUUCGGCACUCUCGAUACUCGAGCAAAUCACGUCGGCCUCAGUCACACUGGAGCAACCGCGAACUGCCAGCACCGGCAAUUCUCCCAACGGCAGUCCUUCCCACAGCCAUAACAAUAACCACGCCGAAAAAAUCUGCAUCAACGCCAUGCACGCAUCCGGCAUGUUCUUCAAAAACGCCGGCCUAUACGCCGCCCUCUACCUCUGCCACGAGCUCAUCCGCGACGAAAGCGACGACAUCCUCUUCCCACUCUGCACCCCUCCUUACCUCAUGCCGCUACCGCACCCGCAACCGCACCCGCGCCCGUCGUCACUUUCAUCCGCCCCCUUCAGCCGCACGCCCAACCUCGUCUGCGCCCUGCCCGGCGUCGAGCAACGCGUCGUGGCGCUGAUCGAGCGCUUCAUCAAGAUCGCCGAGGAGCGCCUGCGCACGACGCAGUUUGCCGGCAAGGCGUUUCUCAUUCCCCGCAUGGUGCUGGCGUAUCACCGCAUCAGCGCGGAUCCCGAGGUGCGCACCAAGGAGGAGAAGGAGAGGAGGCUGUUGGAGGCGGGCAAGGUGAUUGCCGAGAUUUGCUUCAGCAUCUUUUGCAGUAAUCCGGAGGUUGCGAGAGUGCUGUAA